CCUCCAUCCCUGGGUAUGGAUUCCAACAGGGUUUUGCUGGAUUUUCAAAUUCCUAUCCAAGAUGCUGUUUCUACACUUCAAUUUGCGCCUCUUUCGAAUAAUCUCCUAGUUUCUUCAUGGGACUCUAUUCUUCGCUUGUAUGAUGUUGAUAAUUGUACACUGAGACUUGAACUUACAUCUGAAGCUGCGUUACUGGAUUGUUGCUUCCAGAACGAAUCAUUAGCUUUGAGCGCUGCUUCUGACGGCUGCAUAAGAAGAUCAAUCAAUAAAAAAGAGGGGAAAAAAUUCAUAAGGUAUUCUUGUGGGUUAAUACUUUGAGCAUAGGUG